GAAGGACUUGGCACUAUGGAGGAGCUACUACUGCCCACAGAUGGCAAGGAAACACGAUACAACAAUAGUACGUAUUCUCCAAGAGGAGACUCUGGGGGGAAACCCAUGUACGAACGCGUCAAGACAUUUUUACAUGGGACUUUCGUUGUUGACUUGAAACAGUGGGUGAGGGAGUACCUGAAGCUCAACGGCUUGCUGACACUCUCGGUUUUUGCCGUGUUGGCCGGCUGUCUCCUGGGGUUCAUGUUGAGAGGGAGCCAUCUCUCUACCCAGGCUAAGAUUUAUUUUUCAUUCCCUGGAGAACUUCUCAUGAGAGUGCUCAAAAUGCUGAUCCUCCCCCUCAUCACGUCCAGUUUAAUGUCAGGCCUGUCGUCUAUGGAGUCCAAAGCCUGUUGUCGUGUGGGUGUUCUCACUGUGACCUACUACCUGUGGACCACCUUCAUUGCGGUGGUGGUGGGUAUCCUGCUGGUGAUCAUCAUCAAGCCCGGGGUGGGCACUGAGAUGGACAGCAACAGGCUAGGAGGAGGGCCCGUCAUGACUUCUGCUGAUGCCUUGCUAGACCUCAUUAGGAAUAUGGUUCCUUCCAAUCUUAUUGAGGCGACAUUUCAACAGUAUAAAACAGAUCUGGUCCAUAUCCUGAAAGUCCCCAGAGUCACAGUACAGCCCAACUUUGUGUACAUCAUGCCUGACGAUAGUGGCUCCACUGGUCGAACGGUGUUCCUGGAGCUCACUCCACCCCCUGAGAUUCACUACAAGACCAGAGCUGGCAGCAGCCAACAGAUGAACGUGCUGGGGAUUGUCAUCUUCUCUGCCACCAUGGGGCUGUUACUGGGGAAAAUAGGCGAGAGAGGAGCACCACUAGUUCACUUGUGUCAGUGUAUCAACGAAUGUGUCAUGAAAAUCAUCAACACUGCUGUUUGGUAUUUUCCAUUUGGGAUCAUAUUCCUCGUAGCUGGGAAAAUCCUGGACAUGCAGGACCCAUCUACUCUUGGGAAGAAGCUGGGCUGGUACACUAUCACUGUUCUGGCUGGGCUUUUUAUCCAUGGCCUCAUCCUCCUCCCCUUCUUCUACCUCAUCCUGACUCGGAAAAACCCUUUCACUUUCAUCAGAGGCCUGCUUCAAGCCUUGGUCAUAGCACUGGCCACUUCCUCAAGUUCUGCUACUCUGCCCAUUACUAUGAAGUGUUUGCUGGAGAACUGCAAUGUGGAUCGGCAGAUAGCACGCUUCGUGCUGCCUGUGGGCGCCACCAUUAACAUGGACGGAACAGCUCUUUACGAAGCCGUGGCGGCCAUCUUUAUCGCCCAGGUCAACGAUUAUGAGCUGGACUUUAGCCAGCUGGUCACCAUUAGUAUAACAGCUACAGCUGCCAGCAUAGGUGCUGCUGGGAUCCCCCAGGCUGGCCUCGUCACCAUGGUGAUUGUGCUGACAUCAGUGGGUCUGCCACCUGAUGACAUCACUCUCAUUGUGUCCAUCGACUGGGUACUGGACAGAUUCCGAACCAUGAUCAACGUGCUGGGAGACGCCCUGGCAGUAGGAAUCAUCGGUCACUUAUGUCGGAAAGACUUUCCUCGCAGACCUACUGGCAAGUCACAACCUUCAUAUGGCACACAGAACUCUCACAACAUGCAGAACGGUGUGCCUAUGACCGAGCUGCCUCUGCACAAGCAGGACUGCUGCUAUGAUGUGAUGGGGGCCACAGUCAAUGAGAGGCCUACCAUCUACUACUACAACAUCUGUCAAGUUUAACUCCUGGAAAGACAUUAACCUCAAAUGAUGGACAACUUUGGUGCACUUUUCCCCUACUCGUGCCAUGUAACGGUACUGAAAGAACCUGCUCCUGCUUUGGUGCACUUUUCGCUUUGUCGGUGACACUGUAAUGGACAAAUCAGUGUUUUCCACAAAGACCUUUUUUUU